AUGCCCCGCUACCGUAAGUUUGUAGUUUUUUCUCUCAGAAUGUUGAAGUCAGGCUGUAAGAGCAAGAUUUCUGAAAAUAACUGAAGGUUAAAUAAUCGGUUUCUAAAAUAUUUGCGGAAAUUUCUCUGCACUAAAAUAUUAGUACUCAGUUUUUGUGCAUAGUAGUGCAUGAUCCUUCGAAAGGAGGCCGGCAUGUUUUCAAAACUCCAGACGCGAAAACUUUAGUCUGAUGGUCACAUUGUCUAAGUUAAAAAAACCACAAAAGUUGUUCACCAAAUAAAUCCGGUAAAAUGUAUUAUAUCAUUCAACUAUAGAAAAACCAGGACCUACCUCUUACAGACGUCAAGGUAAAACCAACUGUAGAAAUAUGCCUUUCAGUUAUAUUUGUCAAGAAUAACUGCUAGCAUAAACGCGCGCCGCUGAAAGUUAGCGCAUUGCUGCCAAAUUUAAAAUUUGAUUCAUCAGCUAAAAACUAUUUCUCGUUUCUCAGAAAAACCCUGCCCAAAACAGGUCUGCCCCGGUACGUACUAAUUUGUUUGGAAACUAUUUAGCCUAGUCUGGAAAUAGCACCUGCAUGACCGUUUAAAAAUCCUUUCUUUCAGAUUCAUGCGAUGAGUCCGAUGAUGGUGAAGAAAAAAUUAUGGUUGAACGCUACUGGAAUAAGGCACCAGUCGGUCAGUUCUCAGUGAUUGUUGAAGACAUUUUUUAACUUCUACUGGGAACCCAAAUUAUAUCAAAUCUUUUGCCUUUAUAUGCCUACCUAAUAGUAAACAAAGCAUGUGACCCGAAUUGCGGUGAGGAAAAAAUUAUAAUUUCCCGCACUUGGAAGAAAAAGGGAAAUGGUAUGUGAGAAUAUUAUAUGAAAACUUUCUAAAUAUUGCCCUUUUGCGUUCUAUAAAUCGCUACAUAACUAAGGUGUUAAACAAGGCCGAACCUUCUACGAGCAAUGUUUAUUAUCCCACAGACUCCCUAGCAGCGCGCGCUGCACAGCAAAAGAGAAUGAUGGAUAGAAAUCGUCCGUCCGAAUGUAAGUGGUCCGGGAAUACGACUUAAGUCACGUGCGCAUAACUCCUUACGCCUACUAAUAAAAACCUGUGUCUUCUACAGGUGACGGGUACUCAUCUUCGUCGUCUUCGUCUUCCUCCUCCUCUUCCUCGUCAUCGUCUUCCUCAUCCUCGAACGGUUGCUCAUCCUCUGACUCCUCCUCCGACUCUGACAGCGACUAUGAGGAAUGCUACUGGGCACGAAAGUCCAAGGGUAAUUUUCGUGAAAAUAUACGCACUACUAGUCUGUAAAUGCAUUAUCUAUGAUAAACGCGGCCUUUUCGUACCUUUACACACCGCCUUUUAGGAAAGAGACCGUCAUCGCGAUGCUCACAGAGUAUGUCUAAACCACAUUGAUAUGCCAAAACUUGGUUUUGAUUAGAGUUGAUUUUCCCCCAUCUAUAAUUUUAAAAAAUAGUUUUUUCAGUCGUUAUUAAAAAACAUAACCUAUUUUUGUAUUUUUAGAACGCUGCGGUUCAGGUAAUCACUACUGUUACAGAGAGUUCAGCUGUCUAUAAAUGCUGCUUUCUCAUAAAAUUGUCUUGUUACCUAAAGCUUGUCUUAAUGCAUAUUUACUGAAUUUGUUCUUUAAUGCUCAUUCUGUAAUGCGAUCAAAUUUUGAAAGGACUAAAUGUUUGGCUGAGUGUGACGUACAUAAUAUAUUCCAAUAAAUUAUCUUAGAAAGUGUCACGAUGUGAUUAAUUUUUAUUUUUAAGUAACCGCUCCUAUACUCUCGAGAAAAUUGACAGUCGUCUGAAAUUGACUAACCUUCAUGAACUUACCGCAGGAAGAUCUAUAAUACUGCUAGUUCGCGAAAAUUAGUCUUAUUAUUCGAUCUGCAUCAGAUAAUGAACCUAGUUGCAUUUACUGUGUCCACCUUACCAAAGACCAGGUCAAAUAGUUGACUACUAGUGUUAUUUUACUCGAAUUGCUUUCGUACUUAUGAUUCCUAAAGACCAAAGGUUCUUUCACUGCUUUUUGUCUGUUAAACCUUUACCUCUGAUUUCUCAAUAUCACUAAUAUCUUCUUCCACCACCUCCAGGACGCCGCUAACUAAGCCCAGUCAAGGUCGCAAAGUGGGCCACAAAAUUAUGGUCUAAGACAUAUUUGGAAACCUGUUUAAAGUUCAUAUUAAACUUUCUUUUUGUUAAAAUAUAAAUCUCUGGACCACGUCUCUAUUCUCUUCAUCGUCAUCUAAGACUUUUGUCGUUAACCUCUUAAAGGCGUGAAGGUCAACAACACGAAGAUUCCCGAAUCACAAGUCAUGGAAAACAGACCAGGGAAGAUAAGUUUUAAUGAUGUCAGGAGGCUCGGCAGGCAGUUGCCGCAGGCAAGGCGUGUUGUGUGUCUGUGUUCGACGUUAAGGGUCUUAGUCUUAGCUCAACGUACACCUCCGCUCUGUCUGAUUUGUGUCCGUCUGCAGCCGAUUAAUCUGACUGGUUUCGAUGUCACGCGAGGCUAGUUAGACAGGUCUCGCGCUGUCCCAGCAGCGAACCGACAGGGAGCGUGAGGCGGACAGGAAGGCUAAAUGACAAAACGACACCACUGGCGAUCUCAGACUGCUACAGGCGGCCUUAGUUUUAUCAAGCAGAAAAGCUCGCAGUAAACUGGAUAUCAACAGGUAUGACUGUAGAUUCAUGACAGGAGAUAAUAAUUCCCUCAUUAUGUUCUCGGUGCUCUGAUGUUGAUUCCGGUCUCCUUUUCCAAAUCAUGAGCCUCCAUCACCCGGCUUUUGUCCACGAGAACCAAUUAAACGACAGCCGUCGUGACCGGCAAAGUCAACCGUGUGCUACACAACGGGGUGAGAGGAGAAACGGCGACCUGAGCGUGAAUUCGUUUUUAAUGAUGGUAGACUUGGUGUUGCACCUACCACACUCCCUCCUCCUUCCCGAACUGAGUCUGGUGCCAUGAUAAAGUCAGGAAGACCGGAGGCUGGAGAGGGCGCAGGUUGUUGGCACUGCAAAAGCCCGUACCUAUGUGCACCACUACAUCCCUGGUCCACAACGUACACUGAUCAGGAUGUUACCCCAAAAAUGCGUAGGGUGGACAAUCCGGAUCCCACAUGACCAGGAUUUUAACGACCAACAACAAGAGCGACGGCUGGCUCGGUGGGAGUCGCCCCCAGGCAUGCCGCCACACCUGGCUAGAAAGCCACCGAGUGAGAGCUCCACAAAGGCCACUUUAAGAAGAAGGCAUUGGGUUUGACACUCAGUCCACCAGUCAGCCAUUCCACGCAAACGCACACUGGACUGACUGCGAGACCCCAGUUCUGCCGUCAGUGAGCAGCCUUCCAAGCUACGGCUUUUAGCGCACUGUAACAGCUUCAGGCGCGCGAGAUUAUUUAUAGUGAGGUAUAUGCGCUGAGACCCUCGACCUCGCUCUCUCUCUCUCUCUUCCCACUCCCAGGCACUAGUCCACUGUCCAAGCCGGUCGGUGGUCUGAUGCGGGAAGUGAGUGCAGUGGCUAACGGUGCUAGGACGCUCGUCUACGCACGCCAUACGCACAACCUGUAUCCUCUUCGGUGA